AUGGCAAAAAGAUCGUUGAGUCACAGGUUUCGAGAAACCGCAGGUGAUUUACUGUCUGACGUCCUCAUCGACCUGAACAAGAGAAACAAGGAAAACCUGCACAGCUUAUCACAACACUACACAAACUUCAAGAACCAGAGAACAUGUGAAUGCAUCUUGCUCCUAAUUAAAGAGCUGAGACUCGAUCCUCUGGUCGGAUACCACGCCAUGGAGUUGCUUCAGCGGUUCAUGGUCAAGCACCUCACCGAUGUGCUCACCUCCACCACACUUCGAGCAGCAGCUGCCGACAGACGCUUUGAGGAUGCUGUGUUUGACAAGAUCAAGGAUAAGUUCCCCGUGUUAGUCUUCGCCUGCGUGCAACUCGCCAGCAAACUGUUUAGCAUAGAGGACGUAAUCACAAACAUGGCUGCUGUGCACUUUCUGCACACAGCCGGCCUCAGUGUUUCCAAGCAGACGCUCCAAGAGACAGAGAUGAUGAUCCUGAAAGCACUUGAUUUCAGACUAAAUACCCCGAAUCCUCUGACAUACAUAGAGCUACUUCUGGAGGUCCUCGGUCACAAUGAGUCGUCUGUGCCUGUGGAGGAACUCUACGACUUGUGCCACCACGUUCUGCAGUUCGUCAGCCUGGACAGAGCAGCCGUCUACGACUCGUUGUUGAAGAUGACCACCCGGUGUAACUGCCCCUCCAGAGAACAGAGAGAGAAGUUUGUGACAGUGACUGAGGACUGCAUGCUUCUCGGUGUUGGGGUCAUCGCCGUGGCUACGUUCACCCACUCUGUCCGGAUAUGGGCAAAGGUUGUGGAAGAACUGAGUCAUAUCACAGGAAUCUCAAGCAAAAGCAUCCGCGACUUCACCCAUGUGAUACUGGUGCAUAUUGUUAGACCCAGUUCCCCUGCAACACCAGGUCGAGUCCUGAUGACACACACCUACUGAGCACUGUGUCGUACUGUCACUGUUUGUGGUGGAGGUUGUGUGUUAGUCGUAGAUGUACCAUGAUGUUUGGAACAAGAAAAAGGGGAUUAUAGUUUAAUGAAG